CAUAAAUUAUAAGUGUAGAAGAUCUGGAAAUGACUUCCUUGGGAUGUGUUUUCGUCGCUGGCUUGUUCCACGUGAUGCACUAUAUGGCGCUAUCUUCAAAAGGUUCGAAUCUUUCUGAGCUAAAGUUACCUACUGUGAUAGUGUCUCUGGCUGCGAUGGAUAUAAUAUGGGACAAUUGCUUCAUUCCAAGGCAACUCAAUAUCAUGCCGGUAGUCCUUAAGCGGAUUUAUGAGCUUGCCGUGACAUUCAUUCUGUUGGAGAUUGCCGUCCAUGUCGUUUGGAAGGAGAUCGAGCACAUAUGUAUUCCGCUGACCCGGAUACUACUGAUCGGGACGGGGCUUAUGUCGGAGUUCAACUAUGUGAAGUACGAAAGUUAUUGCGUGGGCAGUGUAACCAUUCCCUUGUCCUUAUUGAUCCUUGCCUUUGCCGGUCAUGCAACCGACCACUUCCACAUACUGCACGAUUGCAUCUUUGCCAACCAAACGAAGAUCACACUGCGGGUGGAUGAGUCCCUGAAGUACUUGACCAAAAAUCCAAGGCUCACCAAAAAGAAGUUACCAAAUAUCGUGAACAUCCUUCAAAAACACAAAGAUUUGGCGCGUAAACAGCGACGUGGAAGAACCUUCUUAAGCCAAUUCAACCGCAUCGUCGAGCCCUCGGACCAAUAAAUUACAAAAUCUGGUGUCUCGUAUUUAAUUAGAUUCGUUUUUUUCUUUUAUUUUAUACAAGAAAAUUUAUAAAAUUAAUUGUCAUACAUAAUAAUUAAAUUGUUUUUAUUAAAUUACAAAAUAACGACUAUAUUUGAUUUGCUUUUUACAGCACUCGCGAAUUUGUUCAACAAGCUUGGACAAUCUAUGUAUAUGGUUGGAAAAAUCUAUGUUUAUAUAUAAGUAUAUAUGUAUUGCAAUUUGGUACCGUGUCGAGCAUGGUAUUUUCGUGUUUCUUGUUUAGGUAAAUAAUACUUAAGAUUAAAACAAUAUUUCAUAAGUUCGACUUAAUUUCAUGUAGUUUGCAUACCUAAAGAGCACAUAUGGGAAUUACUAAUUUAAGCUUUCUCUUCUCGACUCGCAUUUUCAAGCAGCUCUUGGAGCCUUGCAUUAAGUCACGUGAUAUCCGAGAUUGGGACUGUAGAUGGAUCGAAAGCGGUGUCGCAGCUAUUACGUUGAUUCAAUG